UUUUGGAAGGCCACAUCUGUCCCAAAUUUUUCCUACAUGGGAGCACGGUUGUGUAACUAUCUAUCUCACCAUCUAACCAUUAGUCCACAAAGUGGGAACUUCCGACAGUUGUUACUUCAAAGGUGUCGAACAGAGUAUGAAAACAGAGAUGAAGCUACCAAAGGGGAUGAGACUACUCGAAAACAAUUUCAUGCCUUUGUGCUGUUCUUAGCUGAACUCUACCUUAACCUAGAGAUUAAAGGAUCAAAGGGACAGGUAACACGAGCAGAAAUUAUUCAAGAAGGCCUUCGGGAAUUACUAAACGCGCUGUUCUCUAAUCCUGUGGACAGUAAUUUGAUAUGUGCAGUGAAACUGCUGAAGUUGACAGGAUCAGUUUUGGAAGAUGCUUGGAAAGAAAAAGGAAAGAAUGAUAUGGAGGAAAUGAUUCAGAGAAUUGAAAAUGUUGUAUUGGAUGCAAACUGUAGCAGAGAUGUGAAACAUAUGCUUCUGAAACUAGUAGAACUGCGAUCUAGUAACUGGGGUAGAGUUCAUGGAACUUCUCCACAUACAGAAGCUACCCCUGAAAAUGACCCAAACUAUUUUAUGAAUGAGCCAACAUUUUACACUUCUGAUGGUGUUCCUUUCACUGCAGCAGAUCCAGAUUACCAAGAAAAAUACCAAGAGCUGCUUGAAAGAGAGGAUUUGUUUCCAGAUUAUGAAGAAAAUGGAACAGAUCUACCAGGAGCUGGAGAUCCGUGUAUUGAUGACAUUGAUGAUGAAAUGGAUCCAGAAAUUGUAGAAGCAUAUGAAAAAUUCUGUCUAGAAUCAGAACAUAAGAGAAAACAGUGAGAUGUUACACAUUAAUGUUAGUUCAUUAAGCCAGUUUAGUUCUGGUUAGAAUACAGGGUGACAGAAAAUGUCUGUACCAAAAUAAGGAGCUUGAGUUUCUCCAAGUACUAAAGUUACACAGUUUCCAUUUUGUUCUAACAGAAUCUGCCAAAAAUUGUAAACUUAUGCCCUGUAACUUAAAAUGUUUUGUAUAUAUAUCAUAGUUUAUGUACAGGUAUAUGAACAAUGUUUUGGCUGCAAUAAAAUUGAUUUUCAAGUAUCAAAUGAAAUUAAAAAUUAAUGGGGAUAAUAAAAUUUCC